AGAGUGCUGCCUGGAGACGUCACAGGCUUUUCUCCUCCCUGGAAACAGAGGGCUAAUCUCUCCAUUCCACUGUCUCCUUCUCCAGAGAAGGCUGCCGGAAGCUUCUCCCAGCAUUGCUGAGCAGAAGCACAGAAGAUUCAAUCCAGAGGACAGGCUGAUCCAGCAGAGAUGGAUACAUUACCCGACCUGUAUGGGACCGUUGGGGACAGUCUAGACUACUUCCUGGAACACAGCCUUCAGCCCCAAAGGGACUGGAAAGAGGAAGGGAAGGAUGCCUGGGAGAGAAUCGAGAGGUUCUUUCGGGAAAAGUGCUUCUGUGAUGAGCUGCUCCUGGACCAAGAAGUCAGGGUGCUUAAAGUGGUGAAGGGAGGCUCCUCAGGAAAGGGGACGGCGCUGAACCACAGAUCUGACCAGGACAUGAUUCUGUUCCUGAGCUGUUUUUCCAGUUUCAAACAGCAGGCAAGAGACCGGAAGGCCGUCAUAGACUUCAUUAAGAGCAAGCUGAUUCAUUGUAGGAAAAGCCUGGCCUACAACAUCACUGUCCGUCAAUACAAAGAAGGCAAACGGACCCCUCGCUCCCUGACCCUAGAGAUCCAGUCCAGGAAGAGCAAUGACAUAAUUUGCAUGGAUAUUCUCCCUGCUUACAAUGCCUUGGGAUCCUUUUCCAGAGAUUGCAAACCAGAACCUGAAAUCUACGAGAAUCUGAUAAGGUGUAAGGGCUACCCUGGCGACUUCUCGCCAAGUUUCACAGAGUUACAGAGACAUUUUGUGAAAAGUCGCCCGGUUAAACUGAAGAACCUCCUACGGUUGGUGAAGUUCUGGCACCUGAAGUACCUGAGGCAUAAAUAUAGAGGAACGAUGUUGCCCUCAAAAUAUGCGCUGGAGUUGCUGACCAUCUAUGCUUGGGAGAUGGGUACAGACAGCAGUGAUAAUUUCAAUCUGGAUGAAGGGUUUGUAGCCGUCAUGGAGCUCCUCAGGGACUACCAAGACAUCUGCAUCUACUGGACCAAGUACUAUGAUUUCCAAAAUGAGGUCGUCAGGAACUUCCUGAAGGAACAGCUUAAGGGCGACCGGCCUAUCAUUCUAGACCCAGCUGACCCCACCAACAACCUAGGAAGAAGAGGAAAAUGGGAACUGGUGGCCAAAGAAGCUACUUACUGCCUGCGACAGUUGUGUUGUGUGACUGCAGACCGCUGGGAUGUACAGGUAUCUAUCGCGCACUACCUCCGAGGAGCGAGGGAUGUUCAGGUGACAGUGAAACAAACAGGAAGGGAAGAGUGGAUUCUCUUGACAAACCCCCACAGCCCCAUCAGGAAGUUGAAGGCAAAGAUCAAGAAGAAAAUGAACCUCUGUGGGAAUCUGCAUAUCUCCUUCCAGGAGCCGGAAGGGGAGAGGCAGCCGCUGAGUGGCCGGAAAACCCUGUCGGAUUAUGGAAUUUUCUCUAAGGUGAACAUCCGGGUGCUGGAGACCUUUCCUCCUGAGAUUCAGGUCUUUGUGAGGUAUCCCGGUGGCCAGAACAAGCCUUUUGCCAUCGACCCUGAUGCUACCAUCUUAAGCCUGAAGGAGAAAAUUGAGGAAGAUGGAGGCCCAUGUACGGAGGAUCAGGUACUACUAUUUGAGGGUAAGGAGCUGGACGAUGAUGACGACCUUGCAGAGCUUCAGAUCAAGGACUGUGACACCAUCCAGCUCAGCAGGGUCUCCUAGUCUGCCUCCCCACAUCGCCCCAAUACUCUGACAUAUUCCUCCUGUAGGUUAAACAUCAUC